AAAAAACGUAUUUACUGUUUAAUUAAUUUACUGUUUAUAUUCAAAAUCACGAUAAUUGCGAUGAGUCCUUGACCUUAUUAGUAACAAUAUACACUAAAAGCCGCAGCAGUAAUCUGCUCUUACGUACACGAACGAUGAUGCUCAGAACUGAAAUUGGAAAAUGUUUCUCUUGAAAGCUUUUUCCAAUUGGUUUCGAGUUAAUAUGUUAAAGUUAAUGAGAUCACGCAAAGGAAAACGUACUUCGCCGAUAACCUAAUCAAUAAUCAUCAACAAAUACGGGAGAACGGGAUUUACGUACAUGCACAUCAUUAAUAUUGUUUUGCGUUGCAGUUAAUUCGCCUUUGCUCAUUUAUAUGAAUGGAAAAGAUGAACUGUUUGGAAAAUUACAACGUUAAUUCAUACAGACUUUAAAUAUAAGUCCAAUGAAGAGGUGAAGGUAUGCGUCGCUUGCUUUAAUUCGAGCUGCACCGAACAUGUUGUUGGUGGAUAAGCUUCGUCCGUUUUGGGAUUUAUUUGGACUUUGGAAAGUACUACAUGUAAAUGAAUACGCGAGUUGAAGAGGCUCCCCGGGGACGGGGCGCCAAAGCCACAGCCCUUCAGAACAGGGUUGCACAGCUGUACUACUCCCACGGACUGUUCUGUUCGUCAUAUCCGACUACGGUCAUCAGCAUAGCCAUCAUCGUUGCCAUCAUAUGCUGUUAUCCUUUAUUGAAUCUACCUCUAUCUGGAAACUUGCCAGUCCACAUUUCGAACAAUGGCUCUGCAAUUUCCGGAGGAGUUCCAAUUGUGGACGCACCAAAAUGUUACGUACAACAAGUCGUAUUGCGGAGUGCCGUCGUCCCUUGGACUGACUCCCUGGCCAUCGGCGACGCGUUCAGAGCUCCUCUGUACGAAGCCUUUAAGCUGCUUGAUGUUGUUAGAAACUAUCAAGAUCCAAACAGUUUAAAAACACUGGGCCACGUUUGCCUUCACGUGGAAUCCAUCAAGAAGAAGGUCCAAGACUCAAAGAACAAUGUGUUCCCCGAAUACAGUUGUCUUGUCCUCUCGCCCGCCAACAUGUGGAAGCAGGACGUACAACUGUUUGCACAAGACACGUCCAUACUCAACACAAUUUUCAACCAUCAGAAUCUACAAAAAGGCAAAACAUCAGUUGCAGAGAUGCUGUUUGGAAUGCACCUGGUCGAUACAGGCAUAAAGCGAUAUCCAUUGAGGAACCGACAACGGGUUUUGCAAUACGCCGUGACUUUGUUCUUCAAAGAAUACGAUGAGCAGUUCAUCGCGGGUCUUAGGCACAAAUUACAAACGCUGUACCCGUUACACCAAGAGCUAAACCAAACCCACUACGAGCAACCUUCGUAUUUGAACGACACCGUUUUAAUCCACUAUCCUGGAGAAAUUAAUUACUUCGAAUACGUGCCUUUAAUUAUAACGUACAUGCUGCUCUUCUUUUAUUAUUACUUCUCGGUGAGGAAAAUUGAAUUAAUCAAUUCGAAGAUUGGAAUGGCGUUCACCGUCGUCCUGACCGUACUAUGCAGUUUGUCGAUGACCCUGGGAGUCUGUUUCUUCUUCGGAUUAACACUGAACAUGCAGGACAAGCAGAUCUUCCCGUACCUAGUAAUAUUAGUUGGACUGGAGAACGUACUCGUCCUUACCAAAAGCAUCGUUUCGACGCCGUCCCAUCUCGAUAUCAAAAUCCGGGUGGCGCGAGGAUUGAGUAAAGAGGGAUGGUCCAUCACGAAGAAUCUUCUAAUUGAAAUAACAAUCCUGACGAUCGGUUUGUUCACUUUCUUCCCGGCCAUCCAGGAAUUUUGCAUUUUCGCAAUCGUCGGUCUCAUCGUCGAUUUUUUCCUGCAAAUGUUCUUCUUCACCACUGUUUUGGGUAUAGACACCAGGCACAUCGAGAAGACUGACAAAAAUAAUCUGAACUUUAGAAACAACCUGUAUAGAACAUCUAGUUCGGAGAAGAUUAACUCAGCUGGUAUGAAUAGGUCGAAAUCGCACCCACGGUUGAAUUCUAUUCAUACGAACGUAGUGGCAGGUCAGACUCAGGGCAAGCAAGAGAAGAAGAUACCGAAACGACUGAGAUUGGUCAAUAUUUGGGCGCGGACGCGGUUCUUCCAGCGUGCUUUUAUGAUACUGAUGGUGAUUUGGAUCGGUAUGAUCCUGUACAACAGCGGUAUAAUGGAGCAGUAUUUCUUGGACCUGUAUAAUAUUACGGAAAAGGGCGACGGGAAGAAUAAAUCGGAAAGCAAUGUUAAAUUUAACAUAUUGCCUAUAUUGAAUUCAAACGAGACGUACAUGGUUAACUUCGUCACGCAGAAGAGCACCGAGUUGAAUUUCAACAAUACGGACGAAAUCAAUAAGCUGAAGCACGGCGAGUACGUCCCUUGGAUGCGUCUUAGUACUCAGCAUUGGCCAUCAAUCUUGAGGAAAUACAACGUGAGCUUGACCCGUGGACACAUCGCCGUCCUUCCCAACAUUAAGAUCUCUCAUGCCGUCGCUCCGGAGCAGGCAGUGCUCUUGAGGAAUGCCGACGAGAAGUACGGGAGGAAAUUUGAAUGGCAUGCGUUGGCCUUGGCUUUAGAUCCGAUCGAUUUUUCUGACUCGGAGGGGACUAGCAGCUCGCAGCAUUUCCCGCAAUCGGAUCGACCUUUCUAUCCUACAUCACCUAUGGAAAUCUUCCUCACCGCGAUUCUAUGCGCCAUCAGUGUGUUCGUACUGGCUUACGCCGUGUUCGUUCUAUACAAGUGCAUCUGUUCCAGAAAUUACGCAGAAUGGAGGGCUUCAUGGACCAGUGACAAAUCUGGGGACGAAAGCGAUAUUCCUGUAUUACUUGAAGCCGUUCCAGUGGUAUUAGAUGGUCAUACUCAAGAAAUAGAAUGUAUAGCAACAGACGGUUUUAGCAUAGUGAGCACAUGUCUAGGUGGACAUUUAAAAGUUUGGGAUGCAAAUACUGGAGAAUUAAUAACCAACAUCAUCAGAAGACAACUUAUAGAUACAUUGAACCAAAGUGAUUCCAACUUGGACUGUGAUGAGAACGGUCAUUCGGACUACGAAUCUGGAUCGCCACCCUCCCGCGACGAGAAUUUCAUGUCGUUUCCAAGUCUCAGGAAUAAAAUCAACACGAACUUCUCAAAUUUCACAUUGGAACCAGUAACAAAUACAGGCGACAGUUACGAUUUCGGUGAUCAGUACCGGGAGUUGUACGCGAAUCAUUCGAACAAACUGAAGCAAAGACAUUACGAUGGUACUGGCUGGCUGCAGUGUGAACGUAAUUACAGUGAACCUGAGAACUUUAGCGAUAGAUACACCGGUGCGAAUAGAAGCAGUGCCAUUGAUAUACGGAACAGCAGACAUUACUCUAAAGAUUACAUGGCAAGCAUGAACAGUCCUAAAAGUGUUAACGGUGUUAGCCAUAAUGUGUGUGAUUACAAAGUGCCUCCAAUUUGGUGUAUAGAUUUUGUGGAUAAUUUAAUUGUGAUUGGUUGCGCGAACGGACGGGUGGAGUUCUGGGAGGGAACGACGGCAAAAUUCAAAUGUCUAUUUGAUGACGAAUCGGGGAUCGGAAUAACAGCUAUAAAACUGGUCGGGUCUCGUGUGAUUGCUGCCAGACUAUAUGGAAGCUUGGAUUUUUUGCAAUUACAAACCUACAGUCAAGGCAAACAGAUUGAUUGGAAUUUUACUAGCGCGUAUCGCAGAACUCACGUGCGAACUGGAUCCGCAGGGUCAAUUAGUGACUAUUCGUAUCUAAAGCAGAAUGAAGAAGCGAGGGAGGAUAUGCGAUGUGUUAAGAUGUUAAGUGCCAAAGCGCAUCAGCAGCCAAUCACCUGUUUGGAUUGCGAAGGAGGCAAAGUUGUGACCGGGAGCCAAGAUCAUACCUUGAAAGUGUUCAGAUUGGAAGAUGGAAAGCAUCUGUAUACGUUACACGGACAUUCCGGCCCCAUCAGUUGUUUGUUUAUUGAUAGAAUAUCCCCAGCAACUUCUGGUAGCGGGUCUCAAGAUGGCAUGCUUUGCGUUUGGGAUCUCUUGACUGGCGCUUGCAUGUAUAGUAUCCAAGCACACGAUGGCCAAAUAAACUCGCUCACCUAUUCAGCCAGUUACGUUAUCUCGUUGGGAGCGGACGAAAGGAUUUGCGUCUGGGAGAGAUUCCAGGGUCACCUUCUGAACACCAUCCACGUGAACGGAACCCAUACCAGUCAAGUCCUUAUGCUGACGCCGCAUCUCGUGGUCACCGCACGUGCGGGUGGUUUAUCUCUUUGGGACGUCCACAGCGGAGACAGUGUGCGAUCCAUUGUACUUGGCCAUGCACCUUUUAUAUUCGUGUCGCAGCUUGUUACUUUAAGGGACGCAGUGUUGUGCGAUUUCGGAAAGGAAUUGAUGAUUGUGCGGUUUCCCCUGAUUACACAUAAAUAUGAUUAAGUACACUUUUUUAUAUAACAAUUACUCUUUUAAGUGGAACGAGACGAACGUACUUAUUGUAUAAUUCAGACCAAAUCCAGGAAAAUGCUAAUAAUCAAAAUUUGCAACGCAAUAAGUUUUAUAUUUAUUUAUUUUUGUUGAAAGAUUCUGUAGUAUUUUGUACUCGGUGUUUUUAUUUACUAUAACUAUGUACAAAUUUUAAUAAGUUAUUUAUUAUUUAUACCAAAACGAAACUAAAAUAUUUCCACUUGCAUACAUAUUAGAUAUUUUUGUAUCUCCUAAGAUUUAAUAACAUGACAUAAUAAAUUGUUACAAUAA